AUGAAGCUGGGGCUUUGCAUGCUCGUCUUGCUGGCUGGUGCCUACGCAGCUCUUCCCUUGAACCGGAAUGAACCUUGUGAAGGCACCAACAUGUUCCGUGAGGACGGCGGCGUGCCAGAAUGUGAUGAAGCUUGCGAAGACGUCAUCGCCAAGGAGAAGGGGACUUACCAGCCGAGGGCCUGCGUGCUCAUGCUGGUGAUGAACAGCUGCCACUGCGAGCCAGGCUUCGUACGCGAGACGAUCGCCGGCAAGAACUGCAUCAAGCCCGAGCAGUGCAAGAGAGCC